GGCCAAACCUGUUGCAUCGAUUUUCGUUGCCGAACGUACAUUGUAUAGUGUUGUUAAAUAUUUUAUUGAUUUUCCUAUUCCUAUGGAAAAUUGUUAUUGGAGAAUGUGAAUAAAGUUUUAUCUAUUACAAAACAAAUAGCGCAAGAACAAGAUAUUGUUUCAAAAUGGAUGCAGUAUUGCAAAAGUUCAAUUCUGUUCUUUUUUAUGAUGAUCCUAGAUCUGCUGAUCAUGAAACCUUAUACAAGAAUUGGGGAAAAUAUGGAAACCAAGAAGAAAGACGAAAGGAGAUUUUGAAUUUACAGAAAGGGGGCAGAAAUGAUAGCCUUGAUCAAUUUAGAGGAAUAUUGGAUUUUUCAAGGAAUACUGUUGGUAAUUCAGCACACAGAUAUGAAAGGCAGCCCGCCUAUAGGCCAAAUAUCUAUGUUGCUGGUUUUAAUAAAGCCCCGCCCACCUAUAAGAAUGUUCUAAUGAUGUCAGAAUGGAUGGUUGAGAGGCCAGAAGAUUUCAAUGAAAAUUGGUUUGUAGUACCAUGCCCUAAAGGUAUCAGAGUACUCAUUGUUUCCGAUAGAGGCAUUACUAAACUUUAUGGCAAACAUGGUCAAUUUAUAAAGGAAUUGCGCACAGUUUUGCCGGGAGGCAAUACUGGCGAUUAUGUCCUUAGAAGUGGAAACUUCUCUGUAUUGGAUGGAUUUUAUUUAGAAAAAAGUAAUACACUUUUUGUGCUGGACCUUCUCGCUUGGAAUAGUCAGCCAAUGACCAACGGAGAGGCUCAAUUUAGACAGUUUUGGUUGCAAACGCAUCUACUGGAAAUUGAGGGAUUACAAACAAUCUCGAAGAAAAACAACAUUAAGAUUAAACUCUUACCUUCUGUGCCAUGCUACAGAGACUACUUUAAUGGGUUUAUGAUGAAGUAUCCACAUUUUGAAUCUAACUUUCCUCCGUUGGAUGGAUUGUUGUUCUAUCACAAACUGGCUAACUACUCUGCCGGACAAACUCCGCUUGUUGGCUGGCUCUAUCCUUACAUGGUGAGGGAAGUGUUGGGAUAUGAUAUAGCAGUGAAUCCUAUAUAUAUGAGAGAAAGACCUCGAACUUAUAUAGAUCAAGCGACUUUCAUACAAGAAUUUACACAAGAUUCACACAAGAAAAGGCGCAAUAACCGAAAUGCAUCGACUUCUAUGGAGACCGAAACUGUUAAAGAGAUGACGUCACCAUCGGCCAUAUAUUUACCGAUUGGUGAGCAAUGGCAAGUGAGUGCGAUAAAAACCAGUGGCACCGAGUUUUUGUUCGAGGUGAGACGUUCGAGGCAUGAUAUAUGUAAACCAUAUUAUAUACUGCUAUAUGUUUAGAUGUCAAUUAUAUAUAAAGGGCCGCAUAGUCCCUUUGUGUCAUGAUUUAAAUUCUAGGCAAGAUAACGCGUGGCUCAUGCGAAUGACUUUGUCAUUAUGUUGUUUGGCACAAAGAGAUUAGUAUUGCGUUCAAUGAGAAGAAUGCAGUUGUUUUUUAUUUUUUUAUUUUGGAAGUGGCUUUGCGAAAGGUGUUUUGUUAUGAGCCGUUUUUAUUUUGCUCCAGUUAUUUUUGGUUAUUUAAAUUCUUGUCAAUUAUGAAAAAUUAAUGGUUCUUAUAAAUGUCUAUUGCAAUUGCAUGGUUUGUAUUGUCUUCAUUGUUUAGAUUGCAAAAACUAUCAAUUGCAUUUAUGUCUUUGUAUGAAGUUAUAUAUAACUAGCGGUCGCCCUCGAUUUCGUCUGCGAAGGAUAAAAAAAAUAGCCUAUGACAUUCCCGUAUACAUCAGUUAUGUUAUCGUCACAGUCAAUAUCGGCCCCGCAGUUU